GGGUCUUCUCAAGGAAAUCCCAAUCUCUAUUCUGAAGAGUCUUCCCUAAAAGAUGGCCCUGAUCAGGAAGACAUUUUAUUUUGUAUUUGCCGUGUUCUUCAUUUUGGUUCAACAGCCAUCAGGGUGCCAGGCAGGACUUGAAUUUUCCGAACCAUUCCCAUCAGGUAAGUUUGCCGUCUGUGAGUCGUGCAAGCUCGGUCGGGGAAAAUGCAGGAAGGAGUGCUUGGAGAAUGAGAAACCCGACGGAAGCUGCAGGCUGAACUUUCUCUGCUGCAGACAGAGGAUCUGACAAACCAGACCAGCACACUUAUGGCCGUAGAAGCAGGCCUGGAUAUUCAAAGAAGUUCAAGAGAAGUUAUGUGGUUUAUCCAAAUCACACAAUGACCAGGACAGCAAUUCAUAGAGCACUAAUUUGUAAGAGAAUGGAAGGUCACUGUGAAGCUGAAUGUCUUACCUUUGAAGUAAAGAUUGG